UGAAAGACUUAUCUUCUCUCCGGCGAUCGUUUAACCAAAUCCUUCAGUUUCACACUUUCACUCAAGCGGUCAUAUUAGGGUUUUACAUCUUCCGACCAAAACCAGUAAAGAUGUGCGGUAGGACUUGCUGUACUUUAAGACCAGAUGAUGUCCCAAGAGCUUCUCACCGCCACGGCGUUCAAACCCGAUUCCUUCACACUGACCGUUAUCGUCCAUCUUACAAUGUUGCCCCUGGUUCGUAUAUGCCUGUUUUAAGAAGAGACAAUGAAGUAGUUGGUGAUGGUGUUGUUGUUCAUUGUAUGAAGUGGGGAUUAGUCCCAGGUUUCACUAAGAAAACUGAUAAGCCUGACUUUUUCAAAAUGUUUAAUGCUCGGUCUGAAUCGGUAGCUGAGAAAUCGUCUUUUCGUCGAUUGCUUCCCAAGAAUAGGUGCCUUGUUGCAGUUGAUGGAUUCUAUGAGUGGAAAAAGGAAGGUUCAAAAAAGCAACCCUACUAUAUCCAUUUCGAGGACGGGAGGCCACUCGUCUUUGCUGCUCUUUUUGAUUCUUGGCCGAACUCAGGAGGUGAGACACUUUACACCUUCACGAUUUUGACAGCCGCUUCCUCUUCGGCACUUCAUUGGCUCCAUGACAGAAUGCCGGUUAUUCUUGGUGACAAGGAUUCUGUCGACACAUGGCUAGAUGAUCCAUCGACGACGAAACUGCAGCCAUUACUCUCACCAUAUGAAAAAUCAGAUUUGGUAUGGUAUCCAGUAACUUCUGCAAUUGGUAAACCAACGUUUGAUGGACCAGAGUGUAUUCAGCAGAUACAGCUUAAGGCUUCACAAAAUAGCUUGAUCUCAAAGUUCUUUUCAACAAAGCAGCCCAAAACAGACAAAGAAACCGAAUCGACAGAUAUCAAAGGUGGUUUGCAAGAGGAACCUACAGUUGACGGUCAUGAUGGGGCGGUAUUUUCCGACACCAUUAAGAAAAUUGAAGAACUAGGCGAGGAGAAAGAUGUCUUGAGCGAAGCCAGAAAUCUGGAUCCUCAAAUAACUGUGAAAGCAGAACCAUUUGUUGCAUUUCAUCCCGGACAUGUAAAGGAUGAAGUUGAGAAAUCCGUAAAGACUGGUCUUACUAAAGGAACAGGUGAGAGUAAUGACAACCUACCAGUUGGAUCCCACAACCUUGUCCCAAUAAUCUCAAAGGAGGAACCCGAGAAACAAGGCCAUCAUCAGUUUACCACAAAUGAGGAAUUGAAUCAGCCACAGGAGGCUGUUGAAGAUAAUAAACCAGGAAAUGAAAACCAGAAAGCAGCUUUAACUGACGAGACCCCAAAGGAAGGUGGCUUAGAGUUUAGCGAGAAGUCUGCAGAAACGACAGGGACAAACACGAAGCUAGGUGGCUUAGAGUUUAUCGAGAAGUAUGCAGAAAAGACUGGGGCAAACAGGAUGCAAGGUGGCUUAGUGUUUAGCAAGAAGUCUACAGAAAAGACUGGGGCAAACACGAUGCUAGGUGGCUUAGAGUUUUGCGAGAAGUCUGCGGAAAAGACGGGGACAAAGCGAGACUAUGAUUUAUUCUCAGCGCAAGAAAAGCCACUGAAACAUUGUGAGAGGUUGCAAGAUGUUAAAAGCAGUGGGAGAUGCGGAAGGAAGAAAGGAAAGGGAAAGUCUAACGUUAAGAAACCUAAAGAGUCUACUUUACAUUUCUUUUUCGAUGAGAAAUAGUUAGUUUGUGUCUGCGUAACGUCUAUGAGGACUAUGUUGGGCUACUUUAGUUGUAGAUAACCUUAGAUAUGUACCGGUUGUUUUGGAAAUGUUGCUUGUAUAUAUGUUGUAUUCGAUCUUUGAUCUAAGCUAAAUGGACACAAAAUUCUCAAACUCAUUGUGACAGUGUGAGAAAAAGAUCUGAGAUUUCAUGCUUUUUUCA